GAACAGAAUACCUAUGAAGUAGGAAAUGGUUUGGAAGAUCAUACGCUACCUCGCCCAGCAAGGCUAUGGGACGGAGAAGCUAGUCGUUCUCAUAGGGAUAAUGACCCCGUGCUCAAUGACCUUGAUUCGCAUGAUCUCAUCCAUGCCAGACUUAGUGCCCUCAGCUGAAAUAACAUCCAAGAAGCGCAUCAGGUUUGCCACGAUAGAUAAUCAUCAGGACGAAGAGAAUGAUAUUGUCAUCGCCAGUCUGACAAGGUCCAAUGAAUCCAACGACAUCGGAUAUUCCCGAACGGGUAAGGAGCUAUGGGGGAAAUUCUUCGAGCUCGUCAAACAAGGCGAUUGCAUGUACGAAGGUUUCCCGAUCAGGUGUCAACGUCACUCAGAUCGAACAGUCCUCAUCACAUCUGCGUCGGAAUUUGAUACUCUUUGUCCGAACGGUGGAUGCACAGAGAUAUGGUAA